CCUCCCCAUCUUGGCCUGCUAUUGGCUGCGCCCCCCAUCUCCAGAUGUUUUGAUCCGCGCAAUGGGGAGAUGCAGAGGCUGCCGUGUGGGAAUCGGGAUGAAUGUAGGUGGCAGGAUUUGAGUAUAAAGUAUUGGAAAUUCCCUUUUAGGCUGCACUUAGUAUGGAAAGGGUUAAAGGCGUGUGCAGGAAAAGAAAUGAAAGAGAAACUAACUCUGCCCCCGAGCCAUCCUCUAGCUUCCAUUUUCUUGCUUUCAGACUUUACAGCGAGAAGAGACAUGGACUCUAUGGUCACGGUUUUCGAGUUACAGAAGGAUUGCUCAGUAAAACAACAUACGGUUCCUCUGACGUUCAACAGAGUCAAUAAAAGUCGCCUCUAUGUUGUCACCAACCAAAAUACUCAACUGCAUCUUCUCAACCAUCCAGUGGGAAGUCCAAGACCAGAGGAGGGUGGUGAUGCUUUCCAAAAGAAGACGAUCUUCCAACAUGGAAUGUCGACCAAGGUGCUUUCCAUAAUGGAUGCAACUGCUGGGACUGCUUGGGAGGUCCGUGUUUUACUCAGUCCUUUGGAAAUUUCCCGUCUGUCCUCGAACUUCAACUUGACAGGUUUUGUCAAAGCCUGUUUGACAAUGGAAGAGUAUCAAAAGUCUCUAUCACCCCUUUGUGAUGUGCAGAAGCUCUGCAUGGCAGCCGCUCAGUUCCUCAGCUUCACUGAAGACGGUAUAGUCAAUGACUAUUGUAAGGAACUCAAUAGGCUCUUGACUGAAAAAGUUGGGGCAUCACAUAUUGGUCAACAGGAAAUGAACUCCAUGGUGUUUGGAGCCCUGGUGGCAUUGGUGGCUGCUGAGCUGGCGGCAUCAUCUGGAGGUACUAGGAGCUUUGACUAUAGACCCAAGAAGGAAAACACUCAGGAGGAUCAGAGAGAGCAGAUUCAAGAGAUGGUCAAGGUUUUCGAUGUGAUGGUGGAUCUGUUAUCUGUAUCACACCAAAGAAAGAGGUUGCAGAUUUUAUUUAGGAAUCCCUGUCCAGAUAACUGGGCAUCGGGAGGUAAGACACUUGCUCAUUCUGGAGAAACGUUUGUGUUUGGAUUAAGUCACAAGGUGGUUUCCAUCUCUGAAGCAGAGUCUGAGAUACAAUUUCUUCAAAAUUUGCAAGAAUCCUACGACCUCAUCUCCGUCUUCCACCUUCCUGCCUUAGUUGAACAUUUAUUGAUGACCUCAACGUGGAGAAAUAAGAUAGAACUUUUCUUGAAAGAAAAAAAUCAAAGAAAGGAGAUCAUUCAUGAACUGUCUACCUUGGCUGAGAGGUUCAUCUGCAGCAAGAUAUGUAAACAGAUAUUCUUGAAGGAGUUUCAAAAGGAAAUGUUCAAAAAGUGGUUAAGUGCACAAGUAUUUUUAGAGGGUGAUGAAGUGGUAUGUUGCUUUGGUAUUUUGGUGGCCAUCUUGGCCGCAGUUAUAGCCAAGUCCAUUGCGGACCGACCCACUACAGAUAGCGAGGAAGAAGAAGGCCCAGAGGAACCCGCAGCAGAACUUGUAGACAGUAACAGAUCUUCCUCAAGCACUUCUUUAGAUGAUAGCAUCAGUUCCUUUGAGGUGAUCCUCACAACAGUAAGUGAUGAAUAUGGAGGGGCACAACCUAACCUAUACUGCAGUCCUGGUGAACUAGUCAAAGUGGAAGACAAGAGUGGUGAAGAGGGUAUAGGUGGUGUUGAAUCUAAGAUUGACCGCAACAAUGACUCAGGAACAACUUAUCAGGGAAACAUUGAUGGUUGUUUGAAAACUACAGAAUCUCUUGCUGAGCUUCCUGAUGUUGGUUUAAUAGAUAUUGCUGACCAGAAAGCAGACUGCGAUACUGCUGAUGAAAAUUUUGAUGUAUAUCCAGAUUCCAAAGAUGAUUCCAAUGAAGAUGGGAAUUGUAUUGGGGAUUGUAGUGUAGCAGAGUCACCAAGUGAAGGAACUCCAGAAAAUGCUCUAGAGCCACAAGUCCCUUCUGAGAACAGAGUCUUCUACACAAGUUUCCUUGGUCUUAUGUUUCUCCUGGUCGUUACUAUGCUGAGCAAUGUGUUCCCACAAUCUGUGGGUUCUAUUCUUGUUGCGAUUAUACUGGGCCUACUCAUUGUGAAGUGGCUAACAAGCCAACAGCCGUAGUGUCCUCUGCUCCCCAGAAGACAUUUUGUUGAUGCCAUUAAUGUGCUUUACAAAUUUAUAUGAUUUGUCUGUUUGUACAUCGACAAAUACUUAUAAUUCUUUGUUAAAUAUACAGAUAUAUAACUGUUAGGAAGAACCAAUACCUUAGGUGGUGUACAUUACAAGGAUCAAAAUAAGUCCCUUCCACUCCAUUUUUUUUUUUUUUUUACUAACAAUCAGGUCCUCUGAGGAGGAAAAUCCUGAACUGGCUUCCUCCACCCAGUAGCAAACUAGAUGGAAGCAACCAGGGCUGAGGCCCUUUUCACAAGUACCCCUUAAUGUAUGGUAUCUUCAUAAGAUAAAACUAGAGGAGAUAUUAUAUCCUAAUCUAAAGCAA